UGCAUCCAUUCGCAACCUGCGACCUGAUCUAGGUGAUCCCUUUGCUGACCCUUCACCCCCACCGCUCCCAACAAACAUCCAAAACCUACUUGAUCGGUUCCCAGAAGUUAUGGUCGAACCCCGUGGAGUUCCCACGCGAUCGGUCCGACACACCAUCGAAUUGGUCGAAGGUGUUGUUCCUCCAAAGGGAUGUGUAUACCGAAUGGGAUCCGGCGAGUUGGAGGAACUCCGGCGGCAAAUUGAUGAAAUGAUUGACAAGGGUUGGAUCAAGCCUAGUGGGUGCAAGGUCUUCUCCAAGAUCGACCUAAAGUCUGGCUAUCACCAGAUUGAAGUCGAUCCUGCGGACCAGCACAAGACUGUGUUCAAAACACACGAUGGGCUUUACAAGUUUACUGUAAUGCCCUUCGGUCUCACGAAGGCACCUGCCACCUUUCAAAGCCUCAUGUCCAAGGUCCUCCGCGAACAGAUUGGCCGGUUCAUGGUAGUAUAUCUUGAUGAUAUACUGAUCUUCAGCAAAUCCAUGGAGGAACACAUAAAAUAUUUUGAGGAAGUGUUCAUCAUCCUCAAGAAGACGCAACUCCAUCUCAACUUAGAGAAAUCUGAGUUUGGGAGGGAUAGCGUCAUCUAUCCUGGGCAUCGGUUGUCUGCUGCAGACCUAGAGCCUGAGGCAACCAAGGUUGAGGUCAUACGCAAUUGGCCUCAGCCCGCGAACAUCCGCGAACUGCGCUCUUUCCUUGGUCUCGCAUCAUACUACCGGAAGUUUGUGCCCCACUUCUCUAUUGUUGCUCGCCCGUUGUCCCGGUUAACGAAUUCCAAACAGACAUUCGUAGUUACUACGGAUGCAAGCCAGUAUGGAAUUGGCGCAGUGCUGCAGCAAGAUGACGGCGAUGGCUUGCGACCGCUCGAAUUCUACAGCAAACGCAUGGUCAACGAAAAGGUAGCCACUUCCACCUACAUGCGUGAGCUCUAUGCUUUGCGUAUAGCCUUGGACCAUUGGAAGCACUAUCUUUUGGGAUGCCACUUCAAAGUGUUCUCAGAUCAUGAGACUCUGAAGUGGAUUAAAGAGCAAACUACCAUGUCCCUUACCUUACUUCGCUGGUUCCAUGAAAUUGACAUUUUCGACUUUGAAUUAAGGCAUAAAAAGGGAUGUUAUAAUCGAGUUGCUGAUGCAUUGUCUCGCCACCCUGAGUACAUGACUUGCCUUGUGAAUUCCUACGACCUCCGGAAGAAACAGAAGGAGGAGAUCGUAGAACACACUGCCAAGAAUCCGAACCUUAGUCCCAUGCUUGAGCAGCUGCAGGCUGACCCCAGCAGUCAGCCUGAUUUUCACGAGUAUGGAGGACUGAUUUUCCGUCGCUACGGGAAUUACGACCGUUUGUAGGUGCCCAACCAUGAGUUUCUCCGCACGCACUUUCUGGACUUGGCUCAUGGACGGAGUGGACACUUCGGCAUGGCAAAGACUUAUAGAAACCUAUUGAGACAGUUUGAUUGGUCUGGCAUGAAGGGAUCUGCUGAAAAGUUUGUGGUUGAAUGUCAAAUUUGUCAACGAAUCAAACCAUGUAGACAAA